AUGGAGGGAAGCGGGAUACAUAUUUUUUUGGGCCCUGCAGGAAUGUGCGACCUCCACGUGGUACAUGUUAACGUUACAUCCGUGUCCAUGAGCUGGGACAUGGCCUCUGGGGACUUUGACUUCCACAGAGUCACCAUCGCAGACAUUUGCGUUCCCAUUGGCACACUCAGCGUACCGAAGGAAGAGAGAGUUGCCGUGGUUACAGGGCUGGCGGGGGGCUGCACUUACGAUGUGAGGGGCGCCACUUCGGAGCGCUCUGCCUUCGCGACCAUCACCGCGGGGAUGCAGAGUACACGGUAUUUCAGUUAAGCACCCACAAUUCUCCAACCUUUCUCUGUGCGAUGGCAAGAGGCUGCAGGCUGUGUGGAUCAUAACCAAGUCAACCUAUAGCCAAAUCAGGGGAAAGUCAGAGUGCACCCGGCUCGUGAUAGAUAUGUUCAGGCUGAUGUCGACAGUGUAAGUCCGUCCGCACCAUACACGCUGACUUUGACUGCAACGUCUUCAACCAACAUCAACCCGGGAGUCAGCCGCAUGAUCAACACCAAUGAGAGCGUUCCUGGUCCGCCCUCAAGACUAAAAGGGCAUCCUGUAGGCUCCAACGGGAUUCUGCUCUCCUGGACCAUGCCUCCUGAUACCAGUGAUAUUGACGGCUAUGUCAUCAGGUACAAGGAAGUGUGUCCCUACCCGGAUCCCGUCUUCACACAAGUAACCAAGUACCUGGAUGUCCCGGAGACUCUGCUCACUGAUUUCACCUCAGGUUCCACGUAUCACAUUCAGGUGGCAGCCUCUUCUCCUGCUGGCAUGGGACCAUUCAGUAAACCCGUCUACACAACCACCAAUGAGUCCCCUCCAGGCCUGGUGACCAACCUAACCGCCUUUGCCCAGAAUCACACCUCAGUGUCGGUCAAGUGGUUCCUCCCCCACCGCAUCAACGGUCUCAUCACAAAGUUUGCCGUAAAGGCCAAGCUCGCUCGCACGGGCCAGACGGUGCGGAACCUGCUGGUCAACGCCGAGGACAUCAUGACGGGGACGCUGCCUCACUGCAAUGAUGCAGCAGAUAUUCUGUCUCAAGCGACCAUCAGCCCCUUGGAAAUGACGGCGGGGUCUCCACCUUACACUCUCACUGCCGUGCCCCCUGCAGCCGCCUGGAGCGUGCCCAUCUCAGUAGGGGUCGAUCAGCUUCGGCCCUACACUGCUUAUCUUUUUGAAGUGUCUGCCUUCACGUCUGACGGGGAGGGACAGAUUGCCUCCACCAUGGUCCGCAUGCCGGAGUCAGCCCCAGAAGACCCUCCACAAAACUUCUCCUUAUUGAACGUGACGUCUCGAUCGAUAUCCCUCGCCUGGAACUCUCCCACCAUCAUCACUGGGAAAUUCACCUACGUGCUCUUCCUGUACGGGCCUACAGGAUAUUUGUACGAAAACAGCACAUCGGAGAUGCGAUUCUCAUUAACCGGCCUGGUUCCGUACACCAAGUACACAGUGGAGCUGGGGGCCAAAGCGGCUGGAGAAGUGGGUCCGCUUGCUCAGGAGGAUGUGAGGACGUCGGCUGAAGCGCCCAGCGCUGUUCAAGACCUGGUGGCCAUCGCAGAAGAUGCCAUUUCUGUCCGUGUGAACUGGAGAAGUCCGGCGCAGCCAAACGGUCCGAUCACUCAGUACAGACUGCAGGUCCUGCUGAACGACACUCUGUUACAGGAUAUCACCUUCGUCGGCGAGCUGAAUACCAACACAAAUGGUGCUUAUGAUGGUGAGUCACUCACCCCCAAUCAGGAUGUCAAUCCAGAGCGGCGUAAGAGGAACGCUGAGCCUGCUUGGACCUUUGAUCCCAAACAGUCAACCAGCAUCACCUCCUUCAACCCGGCCUUCACUCAACUCAGAAGCGUUGAGCAAAGGACCAAUGCUCAAGCAAUCCAGGAUUUUAACCCCUCUGUUGCCCUCAAGGUCACAGAGACACCCAGCAAUACUUACCGUUCAUUUCAGCCUCCCACCACAGCUUUUUCUGCGACAGCUGUGCCGCCUAUUACGCCUCCGCCCUGGCUGACGAUGCCAGACGACGACUUGACAACAGAAUCAUCCUACCUCACUCACACCUCAGGCACCUUGCGCUUGUCCACUCGUCUCGCAUCUAAUACGGGACGUGCGGUGGCUUCUGGAAGUCCAGGCAUAACAGUACGAGAGGAGGUGCUGGACCUGUCGACGGACGAGCUCUAUUACCUGGUGUCUGACCUUGAACCUUUCACUGAGUAUACGUUUCGGGUCUCCGCCUCCACUAUGGUGGGCGAAGGGCCCGCCGCCGACAUCACAGAGAAGACCCGAGAGCAAGUCCCCAGCUCAGUCCUGGAACUUUCCUACCAAAACAUCAGCUCCACCUCCAUACUUGUGACCUGGGCGGAGCCACUGAACCCCAACGGGCGAAUCACGCAUUACACCGUCUACGGCCUCGCACUGCACAGCGGUCAGAGUCUGAAGUGGGUCACAAACUCUACCAGCAUAAUGAUAACAGAUUUGGAAAAGUAUACUGGUUAUUUUCUACAUGUGGCGGCGUCUACAGCUGCGGGUCAGAGCUUGAUAUCCCAGGAAGAUGGCAUCUUGGUUUUCACAUUAGAGGACGAACCGGAUUCCCCUCCAUUAAACCUCACCGUGUUGGACACCAGCUCGUCAACUGCCACCCUGAGCUGGUCUGCGCCAGUAAAAGCUAACGGGGUGAUCCAACAAUACACGGUCCUCUAUGAGAACCGGUCGUAUUCCAAUUCAGUGAACACCUCCAUUAGCAGAGUCACUCUGACGCACCUGAGGCCCUUCACCUACUAUAACGUCUCUGUGAUGGCCUUCACACGUUUCGGCCACGGCAACCACACUUCGGACUAUUUAAGUGUAUUGUCUGGGGAGGAUGUGCCGGGCAGCCCUCCAUACAGCCUCUCCUACGAUUCGCUCAGUCCCAACGAGGUGAACGUGACCUGGCUGCCUCCAUUGGUGCCCAAUGGCAUCAUAACCCACUACAGCUUGGAGUUGUGGAAUUCCACCCACUACCUCAACCUCACCUCCCCUACCAACUUCCUGCACCUGACCCACUUGAGAAAGUAUGCGCGCUAUCGCGUCACGGUGCUGGCACAUACACGGGCCGGGCCGGGGAACUUCAGCACACAGCCGCUCAACAUCACCACGCUGGAGGACGCUCCAGACACACCUCCUCAAUUCCUCCACGCCAGGAAGUUAUCCGACUCUGAGGUCGAGCUGUCCUGGCAACCGCCACUCGAAGCCAAUUCGGACAUACUCUACUACGUUGUCAGAGUAUGGAACGAGACAAUGGAUCUGCUGCACAAUGUGACUGCGACGUCAUUGGUUAUAAAUAUGGACUUUGAGGGUCUCUACAACGCGUCCGUCUCCAGCUGGACCAGGCUGGGAGACGGAGGGUUGCGGGCCUACAUUAUCGCAGAUGCAGAGCCCCUUGAGCCACCCCAGAAUGUGACUUUUGCAAACGUGACGAUCUCCACUGUAACCUUGCUGUGGUAUCCACCGGCUGAACCCAGUGGAAUCGUUAUUUUUCGCUAUACAAUUUACUAUGCUGACAACGGCACUGUGGCCCAACAGGAAGUUCUGGUUUCAGAUGGGUCCGUCCCUGUAUCAGCGGACACGCUCCUCUCCUGGACUCUGACUGGUCUUAUCGGGGGCACUAACUACACAGUGUGGAUGACUUCGAGCAAUGUGCGUGGGGACGGAGGAGUCCGGAGCGAGCCGCUUAACUUGCUCCUACCUGACGAUGUGCCCUCCGACUCGGUCCACAACCUGACCGCUCAGAUCUUCAGCUCCACCGCCAUCAUCGUGAGCUGGGACCCUCCCCUGGAGCCCAACGGCCGUCCCCACUACAUCCUCACUUUGCAGGAGGCUGGCGUCAUCCCACUUGUACACAAUCAAGCCUCUCCUGUGGUCAACAAAACCAUCAAGCGUACCACCACCGACACCGUCUUCCUCUUCACCAAACUUCGGAAGUAUUUCCCUUAUGUGUUGACCGUUACCCCGGCGACCGGGGCAGGCCCCGCCCAUAACCACACCAGCACCCUGUACCUUAGGACGGAUGAUGAUGUCCCGAGUUCUGCCCCGUUGCUCGUCUCGGCCGCGAACCUGUCGUCAUCCUCCAUUGUCGUGGCGUGGCAGCGCCCCUUCGAGGCCAAUGGGGAAAUCACAGAGUACACCCUUACGCUGUUUGGCCCCGGGGGCUCCAACAAUAUGCAGACCCCCGAGAGCUCCUUCACGCUCACAAAUCUGCUGCCCUACACAGCUUACAACCUGAGCGUCACUGCAGCGACUCGUAAAGGCUCAGGGCCAGCGCUCCUCCUGAUGCUGCACACUGAUGAGGGGGGCCCCAUGUCCCCUCCCCGCAACCUGACCAUUUUCAACUACACGGCCGUGUCCGUGUGGCUGAGCUGGGAGCCCCCCCUGGAGCCCAACGGGGUGGUCCUGCAGUACGGCUUCCGGAUCCGAGAACUCAUCACACACACCGUCACACACCGGAAUUCGUCCGGUCCAUCAACCGCCGGGUACAUCUCCGGCUUCAGGCCUCAUCGUUCUUACGAGAUCAGUGUUUACAGUUACACGCGAGUAGGCCAUGGCAACCAGUUUAGCAGCCCGGUGACCUUCACCACCAACGAGUCAGUGUCAGAAGCUGUGGGGAACCUGUCGUGUUCCGGAAUCAGCUGGGAUUCCAUUCAGUUAUCGUGGGAUCCUCCGGUCAACCCAAACGGCCAGAUCCUCUUUUAUGAGAUCGUAAUGGAGGUGGACUCAUACCGGGUCAACACAGCAGAACACACAGUGACUGGACUGCUGCCGGACCAGGAGUAUACACUCAGUGUCACCGCGAUCAACUCCGCAGGACACGGAGAGCAAAUCAAUUGCACUGCUUCUACUCUUUCUGAGUCAGCGCCAUCUGCCCCUCGCUCCCUCGCCAUCUCUCAGGUCACAGCCAACAACGUGACACUGGAAUGGGUUCCCCCACUUUCCAUCCCGGGCUUGCUAAAGGAGUACCGCCUGGUCACAGAGUUGCUCGACACUAAAUGCGAACCCGACGUCCUAAUCCUUGAUGAAGAACCGCCCUCGGGUUGCGUGGAGUCAAGUGUCACCGUGUCGGUCAACGCUUCAGAAGAGGGCCCCCGUGUCACGGUCCAUCCUCUGGCUAAGUACAGACACUACCGUUUCAAAAUGGCAGCAGUGACCAAUGCAGGAGUUGGAGAAUAUACGGAGUGGAAGUAUGCACGGACCCUCGCCGGCAACCCAGAUGCUGCUCCACGUGAUAUCAGGGUGCUGCCCACCUCCGGGAGCCUUCGUAUAGACUGGGACCCUCCAGACAUUAUUUCUGGACCGACAUCUUAUCUCGUGCAGGUGGACGGUCCCGGUUUGAAUUACUCGUCCAUCCGAGCGCCGGGAGAGCUGACCACGGUGGUUGUAACCAACUUGACGGCGUUCUCGCUCUAUUCUGUGAUGGUCACCGCCUUCACCGGCCCCUUGGCGAAGGCCGCCGAGGACGGGAAGGCCAUCGGGCCCUUUGUGUUUCAAACACUAGAAGAAGAGCCCAAAGACCCGCCAAAGAACGUGGUGGUGACCGUCAUCCCGAACGAUGUGAACCGUGUCAAGGUGACCUUCACGCCACCGGCAGAGCCCAACGGCCAAAUCACGUCCUACUUUGUGUACAUCUAUGAGAAAGAGCUCCUGGUAAGGAACGUCAGCUUGAAUACCACCCAAAAAGACAACUACAUGCUGAGCGCCGUCAUCGACGGCCUCAAAGGUGGUCGCGACUACAGUAUUCAGAUUUCAGCAAAGAACGGCGCCGGCCGGAGUCCACCCAGUCCGCACGUCCAGAUAACAACAGGAAUCAAGGCGCCGGCCAAGCCCGCCCAAAGACCCCAGGCAGUGCUUGGCCACAGAGGGGUUACCAUGGUUACCCACAAGAGUAUCACCAUCCGCUUGCCGGCGUGUUUCUAUAGCGAUGACAACGGGCCAAUCGCAAAAAUCCAGGUCAUCGUGGCUGAGUCAGGGGUGAAAGAUGUUGCAAACCUUACGACCUGGAGGGACGCCUUCUUCCACCACCCCAGUCCGUACGUGACGGACCAGGGCUUCCCCAACCCGCCGUGUUCGAUGGACACUCGCAAGGUGUCCCAAAGACGCAACCACACCACAGCGCAAACGUAUGUGAUAGGAGAGCAAGACGAGUGUAUGGUGGAGAAUCAAACCGACGUGCUGUGUAACGGACCUCUGAAGGCCAACACGGUUUAUGUGUUUAAGUUCCGAGCAACAAACAUCAUCGGCCAAUACACUGACUCGGAGUACUCCGACCAUAUUAAAACUGCAGUUUAUGGGCUGCUGAGCAGAGACGAGCAGAUCAUCUUGGGUGUACUCCUCUCUUUCUUCUUGGCAGUGCUGCUGAUUGUCAUCAUCUGCUCGUCUGUCAAAGUCCACCAGCGCAAGAAGGAGGGCGAAACGUAUUCCCCAAGAGAAGCGGAGAUCAUCGAGACCAAAUGUAAACUGGAUCAGCUGAUUGCUGUGGCAGACCUGGAGCUGAAGCAGGAAAAAGUCAACCGGUAUUCAUCCUUCUUCUUCAGACGGAAAGAGAUUUACGUCAUUCAACUCCUCAGCUACAGGAAAUCGCUCAAGCCUAUCAGCAAGAAGUCGUUCCUCCAGCAUAUCGAGGAUCUGUGCAGCAACGACAACGCCAAAUUCCAGGAAGAGUUUUCCGAGCUCCCCAAACUACUUCAAGACCUGGCCACCACGGACGCAGACCUGCCCUGGAACAAAACCAAGAACCGUUUCCCCAAUAUAAAGCCGUAUAAUAACAAUCGAGUGAAACUGCUGUCGGAACCGGGAGCUGCAGGCUCGGACUACAUCAACGCCAGCUUUGUCUCAGGCUAUCUGUGUCCGAAUGAGUUCAUCGCCACGCAAGGUCCUCUGCCCAACACGGUGGCUGACUUUUGGAAGAUGAUCUGGGAAACGGGCACCCGCACCAUCGCCAUGCUCACGCAGUGCCACGAAAACGGCAGAAGUCGCUGUCACAAGUACUGGCCAGAGGACAACAACAAGCCCAUGUCAGUGUUUGGUGACAUUCUUAUUUCAAAAGUGUCUGAAGAAAUCCUUCCUGAUUGGACUGUGAGGACGCUUAAAGUGGAAAAGCAUGGACACUACAUUUUGGUCCACCACUUCAACUACACGUCGUGGCCCGAGCAUGGGGUCCCGGAAUGCUGCGGCACCCUCAUCAAGUUUGUCCGGGCGGUCCGAUUGCACCGGCACCACCACACCACCAUAGCGGUGCACUGCAGCGCCGGCGUGGGCCGAACAGGCGUGUUCAUCGCUCUGGACCAUCUUAUUCAGCACAUCAGAGAUCACGACUUUGUGGACGUUUACGGCCUGGUGGCUGAGCUGCGCAGCGAGAGGAUGUGCAUGGUGCAAAAUCUGGCCCAAUACAUCUUCUUGCACCAGAGCACGCUGGAACUGCUGAACAACAAAGGCAACAGUCAGUCCAUCUGGUUUGUCAGCUACUCUGCUCUGGAGAAGACGGACUCGCUGGAUGCAAUGGAAGGAGACGUUGAACUGGAAUGGGAAGAGACCACAAUGUAGACGGACCCCUUUGCCCAAAGGUGGCUGUGUUAUUUUUGGGAGCAAAAGAAGAAAGAGAAGACAAAGGAUGAAAUGGACGGGAAUCAGUCUUUGGAACGUUGCUCCCUUCCAGGGCCUUUCUCCUUUUCACGGUGAGGAAAAAAGUGGGAGCACUCAGAGCGCCCUAUCACAUUUUUGCACACACUGAGUCCAUUGCGUAUUGUCAUGACUGUAUCGUAUUGAAAGCUGUUGUGUUUUUGUAAGAUAAUUUAUUCGGCCAUAUUUCUUUUAUUUUCGACAUCUUUGUCAAUUCUGCCGCCUGCGUUCAGGAGUUGACGGCAGUCCAAUUUUUCGGGGGUUUGGAUCCUUUUCUCAAGAGUGAUUUGCACCAGUAAAGCCGCUUGAAUUUUUA